AUGGGUGUCCCCGCCCUUUUCCGAUGGCUUUCCAACAAGUACCCCAAGAUCAUCUCCCCGGUGAUCGAGGAGCUUCCCCAGGAAGUGAACGGAGAGGAAAUUCCCGUUGACGGGACACGGCCGAACCCCAAUGGUGAGGAAAUGGACAACCUAUAUCUCGACAUGAACGGCAUUGUUCACCCGUGUACCCACCCCGAGGGCAAGCCACCGCCCCAGAACGAGCAGGAGAUGAUGCUGGAGAUCUUCAAAUACACUGACCGAGUGGUCAACAUGGUCCGCCCACGGAAGCUUCUGAUGAUUGCUAUUGAUGGUGUCGCACCGAGAGCCAAGAUGAACCAACAGCGCGCACGUCGGUUCCGUUCUGCUCAGGAAGCCAGAGAGAACGAUGAGAAGAAGGAGGAACUGCAGAAGCUGCUCGCCAGACAACAAACCAAGAAGGGUGGUGACGAAGUUAUGCGGGAGGAGGUUGUUCAGAAGACUUGGGAUAGCAAUGUCAUCACACCUGGAACCCCAUUCAUGGAUAUUCUCGCUGCUUCGCUGCGGUACUGGAUUGCCUAUAAGCUCAAUACUGAUCCCGCCUGGGAAAAGAUGAAAAUUAUCAUUUCGGAUGCUACUGUUCCCGGAGAGGGUGAGCACAAGAUUAUGGAAUUUGUGCGGUCCCAGCGUGCAUCCCCCGAACACGACCCUAACACUCGCCAUGUAAUCUACGGUCUUGAUGCCGAUCUCAUCAUGCUGGGUCUCGCAACCCACGAGCCUCACUUCCGAGUUCUGCGUGAGGAUGUCUUCUUCCAGGAAUCGAAGCCUCGCACAUGUAGGCUGUGUGGCCAGGUCGGUCACAAAGCUGAGGAGUGUACGGGUAAGGCCAAGGAGAAGAGCGGAGAGUUUGAUGAAAAGCAACACGCAGCCCCUCUUAAGCCAUUCAUUUGGCUACAUGUCUCCGUUCUUCGAGAGUACUUGGCUGCUGAAUUGCAUGUUCCUCAGCAGCCCUUCCCAUUCGACCUCGAGCGGGCGCUUGAUGAUUGGGUCUUCAUGUGUUUCUUUGUUGGAAACGAUUUCUUGCCUCACUUGCCGUCAUUAGACAUUCGCGAGAACGGUAUUGACACGCUCAUUGCAAUCUGGCGUGACAACAUCCCGGCCAUGGGUGGUUAUUUAACUGAAGAUGGACAUGUCGCAUUCAAACGAGCUCAGCUUAUUCUGCAAGGUCUUGCCAAGCAAGAGGACGCGAUUUUCAGACGCCGUAGACAGGGCGAGGAAAGGAGAGCAGCAAACGAAAAGAGACGCAAGGAGCAAGAUAAGGCUCGUAACGAGGAGCGAUCUAGCAAGCGGAGAAGAAGCUCCCCACAAUACGACAACAGCCAGCCUCGUGGUGGCGGUCCUGCCGGCAGCGACAAUGCCCCGCCGCCUGGCCUGGAGCUGAUCACCCCGGGUCGUGGACACCUCUCCAAGCAGACUAGGGAGUUGACUCACAGCAUGGUGACUAACCGUGGAGCUGUAUACCGCGCCAACAUGGAGAACAAGAGUGCUGCUGCUGUGCUGAAGAGCAAGCUCAUGAUGGGCAAUCAGGAUGAGCCUGCCGCUGAAGAGAACGGAGAGGCGCCCAAUGACGCUGAGCCGACUUCCCCGUCGGUUCUCGGCAAGAGAAAGGCCGACGAGACACCCGAGGAUCAGGAAGCAGGCACUCCGGGCAGAGACUCGCCGCCUCCGCCGCCGCCUAAGCCCAAGGAGGACGAAAUGCCGGAAGACACAGUUCGUCUUUGGGAGCCUGGUUAUGCGGAUCGGUAUUACGAGCAAAAGUUCAAGGUCGAUCCCCAGGAUCAUGAGUUCCGCCACAAGGUUGGACGUGCUUAUGCUGAAGGUCUCGCUUGGGUUUUGCUCUACUACUUCCAGGGAUGUCCUUCGUGGGACUGGUACUACCCGUAUCACUACGCUCCCUUCGCGGCCGACUUUGUGGACAUUGGAGACAUGGAGUUGACCUUUGAGAAGGGCACACCUUUCAGGCCAUUCGAGCAGUUGAUGGGUGUCCUGCCAGCAUCAUCCAAUCACGCUCUGCCCGAGAUCUUCCAUCCUCUCAUGAGUGACCCGGACAGUGAGAUCAUCGACUUCUACCCUGAGGACUUUGAUCUUGAUUUGAACGGCAAGAAGUUUCCCUGGCAAGGUGUGAUUUUGCUUCCUUUCAUUGAUGAGAAGCGUCUGCUGGCUGCCAUGGAGAAGAAGUAUCCUCUUCUUACCGAAGAUGAGCGGAGUCGCAAUACUUAUGGUCGUGAGGUUCUAUUGCUAUCGGAUCAACACCCAUUGUAUCAAGAUCUUGCCGCCAACUUCUAUUCCAAAAAGCCUGGCCCCGCGGAAUACAAGAUCAACAUGCGUGUGAGUGAGGGGUUGGGUGGUAUUGCCGAGCGCAGUGAGACAUACAUCCCCCACGGUGCCCUCGUGUCACCCCUGGAGGAUUACGGCAUGCCGAGUCUGGAUGAUGACCAUUCUCUCACUGUCAACUACAAGAUUCCCAAGUCUUCUCACAUCCACAAGUCCAUGCUUCUCCGCGGAGUGAAAUUUGCGACACCGAUGCUGAACUCGGCUGAUAUCCGCGCGACUAAGGGUCGUGCCCAGAAUUCCGGUCGAUCCUUCGGCGGUGCGCCAUUGCAUAAUGGCCGAGGACGAGGUGGAGGCGGCCGUGUGGACUACGGAGGAGGUUCGGACCGUCCGAAUCCCUUCGCCGCGCAUCUCGAUCCGCGCUACGCGAAUGGACCCGCGCCUCCUGGCUGGGCUCCUCCCGGUCAAGGCGGUGGUGACUAUUCCCGAGGACCCCCUGGGCCUCCUCGCGGUGGUGGAAACUACGGCUACAACCAGGGCCACCAGGGCCACCAAGGCGGCUAUGGUCAACAAGAUCAAUACAGCCAGGGUUAUCGCGGAAACAACGGUGGUUACAAUGACAACCGGGGCCGUGGAGGCUAUCGUGGAGGCGGCGGGUACCGUGGCGGAAACAACCAGCACCGUGGUGGCCGAGGUGGUGGUGGUUAUAACCGCUACUAG